AUGCCUUCCGAUCGGGAUUCAGACAACGACCGCGACAAGUCCAACAUGCCUCACAAUAAAGACUGGGAUAGCGAGUCCGAGACCAAUCCCUUUGUCACGUUUCGGCGUUUCGCCGAUGAACAAGUCUCUUCUGUGUUACAGUCAAUCACUGGCCUUCCAUCCUCCAUGGGAUCCCCCCAAUCAGACAGCUGGACCAUCUUCACAGAUGACAAAUCCUACAAAAAUAUGGCGUAUCGCCAUCACAACGGCGCGAAAUCGAACGUGAAUACGGUAGAGCGCGACUCUACACCAAAUCAAAGCGCCGACCCCAACACGCCAGAUGAAGAAGAGAAUCCACCGAAUUAUAAGAGCAACAAUCAGCAAACAUCUCAACCCCCACAGAAACCAUCAUAUUUCUCUGAAGAGGUCGAAAGAUCAGAGCAUUCCCCACCCAGCAACGAACACAGGCCUUCCGAUUUCUUCGGCCUCGACUCAUUCUUCAACCGCUUCGAAGACCACUUCUUCCCCUUCGCAUCCUCCAUAUUCCACCCCCACGCCAGUUUGCCCUUCUCCGACAUGUUUAAUGACAGCAGCUCGCCGACCUGGCCACUUACCUACAUCAUGCUAAGCCCCUACUCCCCUCUCCACCUCGAACGCCAGGCCCAGUACCGCGCGCAGCGCGAUCAGGGUGUGUUCUCCGCCAUCGUGUCCUCUCUCCGACCUGAACAAGAGUUACAAUUUGACCGCGAUCCCGCUGAACCGCAAUGGCGUGAGGCAUUCGAGGAUUUGCUCCGUCUGGAGAAUGGCAAGUCUAUGCUUGAACGCGAUUCCCUAGCGCUCAGCAAGACCAGGCCGGAGAAUGGAACGGAGUGGUUACAUGGGUUGGUCAAGCGUGGUAGUUUGGGCGAUCGGUGGAAAUACGUUUCUGGUACUGACAGCCAUCCUUGGUCUGGUGUUACAUUUACUGGUCACAGUGAAGAUGACAGUCAACUGCCCGAUGGCUCGGCAGCACAUGAAGAGGCCCAGCCGGAGAGCGAACUAGAACUAUAUGAGCGUUUCUUGCAAGAUAUUCAAGACCGUGAACGCGAGAUCUCACGGGCGAGCCCAUUACUGCGUGCCCUGCUCGAGGAACGACAGAAUCAGCCGGAUGCAUCUGAGAACUUUCGACGAGGAAUGACGUCCGAUCCCGAGCAGGGUAAUGAUGAUACGGAAAGCUGGCUGGAUCUUGUCUCUGGUGGACACCGCAAGUCUGUGCCUGAGACUGAGACUGAGGAUACGGCACCCCCAAAACUGGCAGAAACGAAGCAAGUUGAGUUGGCGUCGGAGCCCCGUGUUAUCUCCACUAUGACUCGCACAGAGCGUACACGUUUUUCUGAUGGUUCGAUCGAGACCAAAAAGGUUGAGACGAAACGCUACGAAGAUGGUCGUGAAGAGACCGAGUCAUUUGUUGAGACGUCGCGCCCAAAGUUGGAGACUGGCGAAGAGCAGCCCAAUGAACAAAAUACCCAGCCAAAGAAUGGUUGGUUCUGGAAGGACUGA